GCCACACAUAAACCCACCUCACCACCACAGCCAGUCUGACAGUCAGCACACCUCCACGGGCAUGGCCAGUAAGAAGGCAUCCAAUAAGAGACAAAGGGGAGGACAGAAAGCGUCCUCCAAUGUCUUCUCCAUGUUUGAGCAGUCACAGAUACAGGAGUUCAAGGAGGCUUUUGGAUGCAUUGACCAAGACAGAGACGGUAUCAUCAAAAAACAAGACCUGAAGGAGACCUACGCUCAGCUAGGAAAGCUUAAUGUCAAAGAUGAGGAGCUGGAUGAGAUGCUUAAUGAGGGCAAGGGUCCCAUUAACUUCACCGUGUUCCUCUCUCUAUUUGGAGAGAAACUCAAUGGUACUGACCCUGAAGACACCAUACUGGCUGCCUUCAAGCUUUUUGACCCUAAUGGAACAGGUUUUGUCAAUAAGGACGAGUUUAAGCGGUUACUGAUGAACCAGGCUGAUAAAUUCACAGCAGAGGAGGUGGAUCAGGCCUUCACCCUCGCCCCCAUCGACCCAGCUGGUAACAUUGACUACAAGUCACUAUGCUACACCAUCACACAUGGAGACGAGAAGGAAGAAUCUUAACAAGCACUGCAGCGUGGUGUUUAUCAGCACCUAUAAAAUCAUCCUACUGUCACCAGCUGUCAUAAAUAAUGCAUUUGUGGUUUAAUUCAAAAGUAGUUCAUGUCAAAAUUUUGCAUUUGAAAAUAAAACAUUUU